GGAGAUUUCAAGAUGCAAACAUCAUUGUUGCGCUGGCUAUCGCUGGGUGAAGAUGACAUCCUCUACCAACCUCGGUAUAGUGGCAGGCAUUCUUGUGGUUCUGGCAGUCGCCGUCGAGCCUCAGGGCUUUGUCGAUAUCUUAGCCCACCAGCAAAGUGAACUACUCAGUCAUGUAAAAGGAAACGAAGUGAUACUGAACUCCAUUAAGGACGGAUGUCUAAUGAAUGAGCAACUGGCACUUCUUAACAGCAGACUUGAAGCAGGAUGUGGGUGCUUGGGGCGAGGAUCAGCAAGUCAGAUCCCUUAUGGCAACCUCCCAGCGAACUUCGGUAUGCCAAGUCCAGAAAUGCUUCAUGACAUGGCUCCUGGUAAAAACACAUUUGGCAGCAGCGUUGCUGAAGAAGAACGUCCGCAGAAGGCGAUCGAUGGCAAUGACAACUCGUAUUUCCAUUCCACACACGAAAAGCGUCCCUGGUGGGUGAUCGAUUUGGGAUCAGAACGAGUCAUUUACCAUAUCAUGAUUCUGACUCGCCAAGAUUGCUGUUCAGAAAGGUUACAUGACCUCCAGAUUCGCCUGGGAAACAACUUGGAGAUGAAUGGCGACUUCUCCUCUUCUGAUCUUCUGUACUUCUACAGAGGACCCUACAGGAAGGAAGACGGAUUCCUCAUGUAUACCUUUGCCCAGGGUGUAAAGGGAAGAUACCUGAGUCUACAGAUUGUUGCAGAGGAAGCAGAAUUUUUACAGCUUAGCACCGUCAAAGUUAUCGGUUUAAGGAACUAAGUAACUAUCGUACUGGCCAAAAUGCUUUUAUAGGUAUUGUUAAAUUUUUAAAGCCUUUGAAGCCGAUUACAAAAAUGAUAGGGUUAUCAUGAGAUAAAAAUAGCACCACAGAAUUAAGUAAUUGGGACUUUAUACUCAUAGCGAAUCCAGCAACAACUCUGUUUGCAGAUCAGAUGUAAAAUCUAAAUAUUAUGAUUCUAAUUUUGAUAUAAGAAAAAAACUUUGGGUUCUUUGAUACCAUUAAGUAGCUCAUGCCUGUAUGAUGAAGGGGAAAUCACUAUCAAGGAAAUAUUACAUAGGCGUAAGGUACAUACUUAUAAAACAUCUGCAUUAGUGUGAUUUAUUUUUGCAGACAUCAUGAAAUUAAUUUUUGCAUAUAAAAAUAAAAGAAAGAAUGAAUAUUGAUAAGGGUAUCCUUCCUGGAAGAAAGUAGUCGUUGAUUUGGUUUGCUUGUUUGUUAAAAACACUUGCGUUGGUUUCUGGCUACAACUAAAACAAAACAAAGUGGACUUUAUGACUGGGCUACAACCAAGUAGAUUUUAGGAGAGAAAUUGUCAACUGGUUUAGGGCCCUUUUGUGUGUGUCCUUUGCCUUGCCUCGACCGAGUUUUGUGGUAUUUUGUUCUUAAUGUGAUUAUCCGCUUAGAUUACGGAUUCAACCAAUUGAAAUAUGAUACAAAGCUUCCUGUAUUAUGUAUUCUAUAACUCAAUACAUUCAUAACGCUGCAAAUCAAACAUUAUUUAACAUUAUGGACUUUUUUUAUACUGGAUGUAGUUGCCUUAGGUGACAGAAAUGCUAACACGGUAAAAGUGUAACCAAUCAGAGAUGGUGUAAGCACACGAUAUAUAUAUAUAUAUAUAUAUAUAUAUAUAUAUAUAUAUAUAUAUAUAUAUAUAUAUAUAUAUAUACAAUCAUAUUAUUAUAUGUUGCUACUUUCAAAACACAUAUUUCUUCUCCUAGACUGUAUGAAAUGUUAUAUAUAGUGUUUUGCAACAUUUUUCAGAUUCCUUAGCUAGCUUAGAGUUAUAGGAUGUCUUAAAUGUAUGUUCAGAGUUCAUAUAACAUAAUGCAAAAGAAUAUAUAACGUAGAAUGUAAAGAAAGAGAGAGGCUAACUCGGUCCGUUCGAAGCUCGAAUUGUUUCCACAAACUUUUCAUCACCACGAGAUUGGAGGAACUCGAGUCUCCGUUCUGCCAUCAUAACAUGUCAAUUUAAUUAUCGCUUGACUUCUGUCUCGAUUGGGUAUGUGUCUUUGUUGAGCAAGAACGUGCAUGACUGUAUACUGGUUUCAUGCGCGUACGUCUUUGCCAAAACCACGCGCAAAUUUCACGAUUUUUCUGUAAAGUUUCGUCAUAUUAGAAGUUUCUAGAAGGAUUGCAUCAUCUUUGGCAUGCGCAAAACGUUUUGCGUGAUUUUCACUGUCCAGUUUCCGUAAGGAAGAGGCAUUCAUUCAGACUUAAAUCCUCAUAGCGUUCAGACAUAUCUCUCCUCUCUCUCUCUCUCUCUCUCUCUCUCUCUCUCGCACGCCACAUUUGAGUUCAUAUCAACGUAACAUAAAGAUUUAUACUUAGACAUUGGUCACUCGUAAAUUUUAGAUUUCGGAUUUCUUAGAGUUAUUUAGUAUUACUUAGUGCUUUUUGUGGAAUCUGACAAACAUUGUACAAGUGUGUAAUGGUGCCUUUUUAUUUUCGAAAUAUGGUGAAUUGUAUGGUGAAAUUGUGAAACAAGCUGCAGCAGAAAGAAAUUGGUACCAAGGUAAAGAGUGAUGUAUUUUUAUUAGUUGCAACUAAUAGUAACAGUGGUUUGGUAAAAAUCUAAACUAAUAGUUACAAUGGUUUAGAGAACUAAUAGUUACGAUGGUUUAGAGAACUAAUAGUUACAAUGGUUUAGAGAACUAAUAGUCACAAAGGUUUUAGUGAAACGAUUUCAAUUUUUACACAAUGCAAAUUUUUAUGUUUUGUGUUUGUUUCAUUUGAAGUGAUUUUUUUGUGUGCAUUUAUCCAUUUUCUUAUUGAAGUGUGUGUUUUUAUUCUAUAUUCUGUGUGAUUAAUACUUUCUACAAUUUUGGUAUUUUCCAAAUUUUUCUGUUUUCAUUUGCAUUCACAAUUUGAUUAACUUAGUUGUUUUCAUUAAUUAAUCGUUCUACAUUUAAUUGAAUUUAACACUUGUGAAUUAAUUUGCAUUUACCUAGAAUUCUUUUCAAGUUUUAUUGUUGUUUAGCACUUGUGAAUUAAUUUCCAAAUUUUAAU